AUGAACUCACAACCACACCUCGACCCGGCCAUGUUCGGCCUGGGCAGCUCCUCCGGAGGCGAAGACAACUUCGACAUCUUCGACUGGUACCCACGCUACCAAAGCUGCCAACGAUACUUCCUAGACCACGCCCAACACAGCGUCCCCGUGCAAGCGCUCUCCGCCUUCUUGAACAUCCACCUCCCCUUCCAGCGCCAACCGAACCCGGUCCUCAAUUCGACAGCCCCCUCAUCUUCCGGACACACAACCCCGGGCCCGCCGGCCAUCUCAUUGAUCCCGUAUAUACGCCGUUUGGUCGCGACAGGCAUGGACUAUCCGGGGGUCCUGCACGGAUUCUUCGGCGACGAUUGGGUCAGCGGUGUCGGCCCGUUACACGAGCAAGAGCGGCGCAACUAUCUCUUCGCAGCAAAGAGCGGCGGCUGGGCCUCGGUGAAGAAAGACUACGACAUGUCCCCGCUAGAAACUAUUCCAUUCCUGCGCCCGCUGCAACCGCCCCUCGACGCGGAAAUUGAGGCAGCUGAGCGCAGCUGGAGCGAAUGGCUCGCGAUGGAGGACUGGGUGCUGGGCCCGAGAUUUCCGGAUAUCCUGCGCGAUUCCUCGUCUCAGAAUUCGCGGCCCAGAAGUGCGCGUGGGUGA